AUGGCCCUGGCCCCCGCCCUCGCAUCCGUCACCGGGCCUGCCCUAAUCAAGCAUCUGGCCUCGUGCAACACCACCGUCAGAUCUCAAGCUUUGCGCCUCCUCCAGUCGUGGCUCGUCUCCCAAACGGAGCAGCUUUCCGACCCCGACAUCAAGAAGCUGUGGAAGGGUCUCUUUUACUGCCUCUGGCACGCCGACAACACCCCUAAUCAGGCAGCCCUGAUCGAUCGCCUCACAACGCUGUUUCUAUCAAUCCAGCCCUCGCUUUCUUUGGAAUUCUUCCGCGGGUUUCUUCUCACUCUGAGGAGGGAGUGGCCUGGGAUCGACCGGCUGAGGUUGGACAAGUUUUACCUGUUGAUACGGCGGUUCAUGAGGGCGCUUUUUGAGCUCAUGAGGUUAAGAAAGUGGGAUGUCGGUGUUUUGAGGGAUUUUUUUGGGGUUCUGGAGAGUGACGGGUUCCUGGCGGAGGACAAGCUGCGUGGGAAUGGGGUGAAUUAUCAUGUGGCGUCUGUUUUUCUGGAUGAGCUGAAGGGCGUUGGUUUUCCAGUGAGGAAGGAGGUGGUUGAUGUGGUUUUCGGACCAUUUUUUGCAGUUGUGAAGAGGGGCAAGGACCGAAUCUUUUUGGGGAAGGUGAAGAGCUGCCUGUUUGAUGAGCUUCUUAGAAUCGGGGAGGAAAUUUUGACCAAGAAGAAAAUGGGUAUGGAUUUUGGUGAUAAUGAUGGGGAUGUGUUGUUAGGGUUGGUUGCUUUGAAAAUGGGUUUUUCGGAGAGGUUUUACGAGGCUGGUUCGUCUGCGGAUUGCAUUCAGGGGAAUAGGAAGGUGGCAUUGGGGUUGCACGAGGAGUUCCUUAAGUUGGAGAAAGAUUUGAAAUCGUCUGGAGUUGAAAUUUGUAUGCCUGAGUAUAAUAAUGAAGAUAAAGGAGGUGGUGGUGGUGAAGUACCUCAGUUGAACCCCAUUGAUAUUGAUGCUGCUAAGGGUAAUGUGGAAUUGAAUACCUGGGAAGUGGCUAAGGAAAUUAUUAAAAAGAAGAGGAACCAGAAGGCGAAAAAGGGAACGUAUGGUGAUGAGGAGAAGAAAAUGAAAAAGAAGAGAAAAGUUGAUAAUGCAGUUCCUGAAAUUAACUCCACAGUCAAGGGAAAUAAUGAUUGUACCAGCAUAAGUGGCGGUGAGAAUCUGAGACUCGAUACUGAUCCUGGGAAUGAAGUAAUCAAUGAUGUCGAGAAUGAUGGAAGUGAGCCGGCUUUGAAUGAGACAAUAAUUUUGAACCUUCAGAAGCAAUUCGAAAAAGUUGCUGCCGAAAUGGAUUCCAAUGUGGACGAGGAUUCAGAUAUCUUUGGAACUCAAAUGGUUCCCCUGAAAUGUAGCAAGAGGAAGAGAACGAAAGUCGUGGAGAGACGUGAGUCGAGCAAUACAAAAACGAGCGAGAAUGGAGAUAAUGAAGCUGAUGUUGCUGGAAAGAGUAUGGAGAAGAAGAAUUCAAAGAAGGUUAGAUUUUCCAUGAAAAAUAAUUUGUUCUGGAAGCCACAGACUCCUCUGCCGCCCGAGAGCCUUAGACUGCCGCCCUCUAUUACUCCACGUGGCAGUGCAUUGAAGAAGGGGGUCCCACCUGGUCCCAUUAUAGAGAUGCCCUCUGUCUUGAAAAAGGCAAAAAAGAAGAAAGUUCAGAAUAGAGUAAAGAGGGUCGUGCCCGUGAUGAGGAGGAAGAGAAAGAUUCAAAAACGGUCUGCUUGA